AAGCUCGCCGCUGCACCUGCGUCUCCCACCACCGAUGCAGCGGUCCCUCUUGCACCAGCAGGACCUACAAAACCACCGGGAAACGAGGAGCGCGCUUUCAGAACUCGCGAUCGGGAAUCCUUGUUGGAUUACUUGACCAACGAGCUCGACGAAGACGUCCUCGAGACAGUUCUGAAGCGAAAGUCGAACUUCAACGAGCAAGCAGAGGCUGAGCGGGUCACCCGCGUGGUCGAGGCGAAACUUGGUAUCACGCCUGGCGAUGGCAGAGAGACAACUCUUGUUGCCAACAAGGACCCUAGUACUGGCGCCGAUCAUGUUGUGUUGGGUCAUCAAGAACAGCUCGUCCUCCAGCAACAUCAGGUUUCACCGUCCACGUCGCGAGAUGUGGAACAGAUUUCUAUCGGUCGUGGUGUAGACACGGCUGUAACUGCAUCGACGACUGCCUCCUCAUCGUCAGCCUCCUUGUACCAACGAGC